CGGACGAGUCGAACACAUCAUUGACAUUGGUCGAAUUGCAGGUGAGAGCACAGGUUGGCUAGCUUUAAGGAGAGUGAGACAUCGCUUUAGUUUUUGCCCAGCUCUCAAAGGUUAAAUAAUGGACCAAGACAACAACUCAGAGGAUGAGUUGGUAGGUCCCUCUGAAGAUGCGUCUGAAGAUGAGUCACUGCCUAGUCGUCCCCCUGGACUCUCGGACUCUGAGGCGGUGGAGCUGCUAUGGCAGGUGCGUGCCCAGCGGCGCCAGUCCUCCCCAGAACUCCCUGAGACAGUCACCCGGCUGACUGCCCCAGACGGCAGCCUGCUCUACUUGGUAGGCACCGCCCACUUCAGUGACAGCAGCAAGAAGGACGUGGCCACGACGAUCCGUGCAGUGCAGCCAGACGUUGUGGUGGUGGAGCUGUGCCAGUACAGGGUGUCCAUGCUGAAGAUGGACGAGAAGACGCUGCUGAAGGAGGCCAAGGACAUUAAUCUGGACAAGGUCCAGCAGGCCAUCAAACAGAAUGGAGUGAUGUCUGGCCUGAUGCAGAUCCUGCUGCUCAAAGUGUCGGCUCACAUCACAGAGCAGCUGGGCAUGGCUCCUGGAGGGGAGUUCAGGGAGGCCUUCAAACAGGCGGGCCGGGUGCCCUUCUGCAGGUUCCACCUGGGGGACCGGCCCAUCCCGGUGACAUUCAAGCGGGCCAUCGCUGCUCUCAGUCUGUGGCAGAAAGCCAGACUGGCAUGGGGCCUGUGCUUUCUGUCAGACCCCAUCAGUAAGGAGGAUGUGGAGAAGUGCAAACAGAAGGACCUGCUGGAGCAGACAAUGCUAGAGAUGAUCGGCGAGUUCCCCGCUCUCCACCAGACCAUUGUGGCCGAGCGAGACAUCUACCUCACACACACACUCCGCCAGGCCGCACACUGUGUGGAGGCGCCCCCCAAUGCUCAGAAAGUGCCUGCUGUGGUGGUGGGAGUGGUGGGAAUGGGCCACGUCCCUGGCAUCGAGAGGAACUGGGAGAAGGAGCUCAACAUUCAGGAGAUCAUGAGUGUUGCGCCCCCGUCUCGUUUUGGCUGGAUGUUACGCACGGUGCUGAAGGCUGGGGUGAUAGGAGUUCUGGGAUAUGCCUGCUACCGUGCAGGAGGGGGCAUGGGGAGAGCUCUUUUGUCCCUACCCGCUGUCCAAUCACUACUGGACAACCUGCGACCACUGCCCCCAGCAGCGGCUUGACCCCGCCCCCUCUCCUAUACCUGUGACAUGAACGAUCCCCUCUAAUACGAAAACAAUGCAUCUACCACCAAUGGCCUUAUCGACAGGAGGAGGGGUUAGAGGUAAAGGUUCACCUCCUACCCUAUGAACUUACAUGGAUGUAAGGGGUCCGAGGGCUUGAGCUGCCCUCCCUCUCUCUUUCUUCCUUCCUUCCUUCCUCUCCUCCUUGUCCCUGUGGAACACAGAACAGUACUGCCAAAGAAACCAUGACAGUACCCUUAUUCUUUUCUUUUUGUAUAUUUAAAAAGAAAAAUGGCAACAGAAGGAUUUUGGUAAGGUUUACAAAUGUUUUUCCAUUUAUAUUACAUCUGCUAUCCCCCACAUUCCAAUUGAUGUAACAUUGAAGUUGGAGAUUUUGGUGCACAUUGUCUUUGAGGUUUUUGAGAUAUUAUUGCCCCAAGCGCAUAUAUAUAUAUAUAUGUAUGUGUGCAUUCGGAAAGUAUUCAGACCCCUUGACUUUUUCCACAUUUUGUUACG